AUGGCCAACAUGUUCGGCGCUCUAAAUCGCUUCAUCUCCCGCCUAGAUUCGGACCCCAACGCCGCAGCUUCCUCUGGCGGUAACACCAUCAGCGGACAAUCACCCUCGCAGAAUAACAACAGUACCACCCACCACGGCUUCCAAAUUCUACGAAACACCAACCCUCAGAUUCCAUUGGAUCCUUGGUUUGAUUUCAUCAUCGGAAUCAAUGGUCAUAAUAUCGAUAAUCCGGAUCCUUCUCUCUUCAUGACGGAGAUUCAAAACUGCGCGGGGAGUACCAUUUCUUUGGGAGUUUAUGGUGCGAAAGGGCAGUCCAUUCGGGAAGUCUAUAUUUCUGUUCCCCCGGCUCCGGCGACGCUGGGAUUGGCAUUGCAAUGGACUCCGCUUAGUGCUGUGGAUGAGAUCUGGCAUAUCUUGGACGUUAUCCCGAAUUCUCCUUCUGAUAUUGCUGGUCUACUGCCCUACAGCGACUAUGUGAUUGGGAGUCCUGAAGGUCCGAUCGCUGGGGACAGUGGACUGGGACAAUUGGUCGAAGCGUUUCUGGGGAGGGAAUUGCGGGUUUGGGUUUAUAAUCAGGAAUAUGAUGUCACGAGAUUGGUGACGCUUGUGCCGAAGAAAGGGUGGGGUGGAGAAGGGGCAUUGGGGUGUGUAUUGGGGUAUGGCGCGUUGCAUAGAAUUCCAGCUCCACUUGGAGAACCGACGCAGGGGCCUGGCGAGACGUUGUUCGAGAGUGCUGGUGGGGAGGAACAAUUUGAUGCAAAUGUUUCUCCGGGAGCGUUCCUCGUUCCAGCCGACUUGGCUGUCACUAGUCCAGCUCCAGCUUUGGGAGGUGGAGGACCUCCACCACCGCCCAAAGUCGGAGGGAAGGCGAGGAAGGCGAGAGCACAUCAUACUGGGGGCAAUGCUACGGCGGGGKUGGAUGAUUACUUCGCCGAGGGCGAGCAAAAGAGUCGGGAAUUGGAGGGAGGGGGCUCGACGCCUAAACCUGGUGCAACGGGCUUGCCGCCUCCGCCACCCAAAGGUGGAGCGGGACCGCCCAAGGCUGCAUCGCCGGCGCCUGUGCAGGCCGCUGCUGUGGAGGAGGACAAGGAUGAGGCGUAG